AUGGUGAGGAAAAGUUUACCAUAUCUGUCACGAAAGGAACCUGAAUCAAAGGUGGAAAUUAAGGAUCAAAUUUCAAAGAAAACAACCUUAGAAGAGCAAGAAUUUGUUAAAAAUGGGGUUGUAAAGGAGAAGGAGAAGGAAAAAAGAGCUUCAAUUACUUACUGCAUAACCUACAUUUUGAGUUGCAUCACCAAGCAUUCACCUCAGUACAGAAUUCUAAUGGUGGGGCGUAUAUUGGGAGGGAUUGCCACCUCUCUCCUCUUUUCAGCCUUCGAAUCAUGGCUUGUUGCUGAACACAACAAGAGAGGUUUUGAGCAACAAUGGCUAUCAAUUACAUUCUCCAAGGCAAUAUUUCUUGGGAAUGGACUGGUUUCCAUUUUAGUUGGUUUAUUUGGAAAUCUUUUAGUUGGUUCAUUGGCCAUGGGACCUAUUGCUCCAUUUGAUGCAGCUUCAAUCUUUCUUGCCAAUGGAAUGGCCAUCAUCAUAUCAUCAUGGACUAAAAAUUAUGGUGACUCAUCAGAAAGAAAAGAUCUAAUGACCCAAUUCAGGGGUGCUGUUGUUGCAAUUGCAUCAGGUAGCAUCUCAGCUUCUGAUUAA